GGGCUUCUUCGGUGCACACCUGUCCCGCGCAUCCCAGGCAGCUGGGCGCGUACGGUGCCGCGCACUCAGCAGCUAAUGGCCGCAAGUCGACUGCGCAGAACUAGGGGAUCAUCGGAAAGCAGCUGAGAGUGCAGGGAGAAGCUAAUCUGCAGGGGGCCAAGCAGUGACCAAAGAAAACUUUCAGAACUGAGAUCCGCUAAAAACCCGGGAAACUGCGCAGCAACCAAGACCCGUGGUGCUACGGCGGCGUCACCGCCCCUUUCCUUCCCCGCCCACGGCCUGCCAGGCCCCAGCCUGGAGCCAGGGGCGGGGCGACCUUUGCUCAGUCCAGGAGCCAUCCCAGCCGGGCGGGGUCAAGCGGUCUGGCUGAGGGCGGGGUGUCCGAAUCUCCCCGAGUCCGAGGUCUCAGAGUGCCAGGUGGCUCCGGAGCUUCUCGCGCUCACCUCCUGCCCCUCCCACCCAGGCUGGGUUUGGCCACCCAGUCCCGCACCUGGAUCCGCGGUUUCGGUCAGACCCGCCCGCGAACUGGUUUCGAUUGGGGACAGGAGCGGGGCGGGAGGGCGGAGCGGCCAGGAUGCGAGGAGGGGACUAGGGCGAGCCACGGAGUGGGGACAGACCCGUGCGGGAGACAAAGAGCGGCCGGAGAGAGCAGGGCGCAGCGCCACGACCCAAGGAGGCGCCCGAGCUGACUUCGGGGGUCAGAAGCCGGAGGAGCUUCAAUACAGAAGGCAGCAGGAGAGCCGUCGUGCGGCGGGAGCUCCCCGGGAUGCGGACGCCGGUGGUGAUGACGCUGGGCAUGGUGCUCACGCCCUGCGGGCUGCUGCUCAACCUGAUCAGCACACUGGCCCCCGGCUGGCGACUGGUAAAGGGCUUCCUCAACCAGCCGGUGGACGUGGUGCUGUACCAGGGCCUGUGGGACAUAUGCCGUGAGCAGAGCAGCCGUGAGCGCGAGUGUGGCCAGCCGGACCAGUGGAGCUACUUCGAGGCCCAGCCGGUGCUGGUGGCGCGGGGACUCAUGAUCACGUCGCUGGCCACCACCGCCGUCGGGCUGCUGCUGGCGUCGCUCGGCGUGCGCUGCUGGCAGGAGGAGCCCCAGUUCCUGCUGGCGGGCCUCUCGGGCGUAGUGCUUUUUGCCGCGGGCCUCUUCAGCCUCAUCCCGGUCUCCUGGUACAAUCACUUCUUGGGGGACCGCGAAGUCCUGCCCGCCCCGGCCCAACCGGUCACUGUAGAGGUUAGCUAUAGCCUGGUGCUGGGCUACCUGGGCAGCUGCCUAUUGCUGUUGGGAGGCUUCUCGUUAGCGCUCAGCUUCGCGCCUUGGUGCGAGGAGCAUUGUCACAGCUGUCGCAAGGCGACCCCAGCCGGGCCGCGCCGCAGCAGCAUCAGCACAGUCUACGUGGACUGGCCAGAGCCCACACUUACACCGGCCAUCAAGUACUACAGCGAGGGCCAGCACCGGCCGCCACCCACCGAAUACGGUGCCACUCGCAAGCCCAAGGUCGGUUUUCCCAUGCCGCAACCGCCGCCCAAGGCUUACACCAACCCGGUGGACGUGCUCGACGGGGAGGGGGGAAAGGCAGCCACCUCCCAGGGGGCAUCCUCACGCAGCACCCGGCCCUGUCACAGAUCGCUGCCCUGCGAUUCUGAUCUGUAGACCUCACCUCCUCCUUCCACCUGCAAGGCGGAGACCCUGGGCUUGGGAAUGCCUGCACCAUUCUACCUUGAACUUGCCAGCUGAGAAGCAGUCUGACUGGGGAUUGGAACCCCAUCACCUUCCUGAAACUGGUUGGAAAGGCGAUCUUCCUUUACUGUGACCAAACUAGGCUCUUUGGCUCUUUGGACGUUUAGUUCAGGUUAGGACAGUUUUUUGUUUGUUUGUUUGUUUUCAGAAUUUCAUUUUUCUUUGCUGAAGGAGAGAAAGGUAUUGUUUGUAUCGUGUUAACAACCAGGGACAGUAAACAACAAGAAAAAGUUGAAAUCAACAAAAAAAGAGGCUCAAAACUGGUUUAAGUGUAACUUGAAACUAUAGUAUUCUAACACUAAUGAACUGGUUUAAGUGUAACUUGAAACUAGAGUAUUCUAACACUAAUGAAUCUUGGAUCAGUAUAA